AAUCCGAGAAUUCUUUCAUUAAUAUGUUUUUUGUGUGCUUUGCGGCUCUUGUAAAUAGCGAGGUAUAUAAAAUAUUGCCAAUUUGCUCAGCCGGCAGUAGUAGUUUUGCGAUUGAUGCAGCACCCGCAGGAAGUGGGACGGAGUAACGAUGAGCUUAAAAGAAGUCGUUAUGCUAAAUUUGGGAAUUAUCUGUUUCUUUUCACUUACUACAUACAACAACAAUGGGAGCUGCAUUGAGUUGCAUUGCAUUGCCAGCGCUUGGAUCAGUUGGAACAUGGAUAGCCAGUUGCUUUUCGGCUGCAGCAUGCUCGCUUUUUUGUAAAAGCUGCAACUGUAACAAUUCUAUCGCCACACGCAUCGGCUACGCUAUUAUUUUCCUAUUGAAUUCAAUCCUCGCUUGGCUCAUGUUAUCCAAUUGGGCAAUCAAACAACUACAACACCUUACACUUGACUAUAUGAAACUGGAAUGUGCCGGUGGGACUUGUUAUGGUAUCAUUGCAGUGCAUCGAGUAUGCUUUGCACUAGUAUUGUUCCAUGCGCUACUAGGUAUCGUGUUACUUGGCGUUCGAGAUAGCCGGCAAAAGCGAGCAAACCUUCAAAAUGGAUGGUGGGGACCAAAAGUGCUUAUUUGGCUUGCAUUGUUGACUGCAUCGUUCUUUAUCCCUAAUGGCUUUUUCAUGGUAUGGGGCAAUUACUUUGCUUUGAUCGGUGCAGCAAUUUUCAUCCUGUUUGGCCUUGUUUUGCUGGUUGAUUUCGCCCAUAGUUGGACAGAACGAUGUUUGGAAAACUAUGAAAUGAGCGAUAAUAACCGAUGGAAGUACAUCUUAAUUGCUGGCACUCUAUUGAUGUUUUCAGGUGCUGUCACCUUGACUGGCAUUAUGUACGGGUUUUUUGCUACCAACGGCUGUUCUUUGAACCAAUUUUUUGUCACAUUAAACUUGAUUCUUUGCCUGUUGGUCACCAUCUUGUGCAUUUCACCUUCGGUCCAAUCCGCCAAUCCUCGCUCUGGACUGUCACAAGCAUCGAUCGUUGUCAUCUAUUGUACUUACUUGGUCUUGUCGGCUGUCGCAAACGAGCCAAAUGACAAACAAUGUAACCCUCUUCGACGAUCUCAAGGCCCACAAACAACAUCUAUUGUUCUCGGUGCUAUCUUUACAUUCUUGGCCGUUGCUUAUUCUACUAGCAGGGCUGCUACGCAGGAUAGUGCACUCAUGAAUAAGGCACGUCGCCAAAAUUAUGAACCCUUAGAAACUGAAAGCGCUGUCCCAUUGAUGGCUAAUCAGGUUGAAGCUGGUGCACAGAGAAUGAGCACUGAUGGUUCGGCACGUGCUCGUUUGGUCGCUGCUGUGGAGAGCGGUGCGCUCCCACGUUCAGCAUUGGAUGAAGAUGAUGACGACGAUGAUGACUACGAUUUUGAUGAUAAGGAUGAUGAGCGAUAUGGGUCUGUCUACAACUACUCGUUCUUCCACUUUGUCUUUGCUAUCGCUGCCAUGUAUAUAGCCAUGGUUCUGACCAACUGGAACACGAUUUCCAUGGAAGAUGCUGAGGGCCCAAGUAACAACGACGAUGGUGACUUUGUCCGAAUUGGACAAAGUUACACUGCAGUUUGGGUCAAGAUUGUCUCAGGCUGGUUGUGCCAUAUCUUUUAUGGAUGGUCACUUGUUGCACCGGUCGUUUUGCCCGACAGAUUCUCAGUAAGUUGGUUAACAAAAAGAAUAUGGGAACAAUAG